AGUUUUUAGGUACAGAAGUCAGAGAAGAUAGGGUCAACGAUGUCGUCAUUAAACAACACUGUUUCUUCAAUAAUGAACUUGUUGAAAUGGACAAAAAUUGAUGCCAUCAACGCCAAAACUCUUCUUAUUAUGAUAACAUCUUUAAUGUUGAUGGUACUCAUAAAGAAACUAAUUAAUUUCUGUUUGUGGUACCGACUUUACACGAAAAUGAUGAAACAGAUCCCGGGUCCAGAGAAUACACAUUGGCUUUAUGGAAAUUUACAUCUGCUGACAGAAAAACAUUCUGACCAGCUGAAACUUGGAAGUGAGCUGACAGCUAAAUUCCCAAGAAUGUACAAGUUCUGGAUUGGACCAUUUAAUGCAACAAUUGUUUUGAACCAUCCUGAGACGAUCAAACAAGUUCUAAAAUAUGCAGAUUCCAAAUCCAUGGGCUUUGGAGGAGCAUACCGCCAUGUUUAUCCAUGGCUUGGUGAGGGUCUGCUUUUGGCAGAUGGCCAGAGAUGGAGCCGAGCCAGACGACUUUUAACCCCUGCCUUCCAUUUUAAGAUCUUGAAACCGUACAUACACAUCUACAACAAAGCCACAGAUCAACUGCUGCAAAAGUUAGAGCAUUAUGCUGAGAGGGGAAAAAGUUUUGAUCUUCUGAAGGAGAUGAGUUUGUGCACCUUAGACAUUCUUCUACAGUGUAUCUUUUCCAUGGAAACUGACUGCCAACAAAGGGAAUCUGACUAUGUCAAGUCAGUUUUGAAACUUGGAGAAAUUUGGAGCAAGCGGAACAGAAAACUAUGGCUGUUUCCAGAUGUAAUCUUCUACAACACAAGAUGGGGCAAACAAUUCAAAGAGCAUUGUUCUAAAGUCCAUGACAUAGCCGAGAACAUUAUCAAAGAAAGACAGCAAGAAAUCGAUCAAUUAGAUGGAAUGGGUGAGCGACCAUACUUAGAUUUUCUGGAUCUCUUACUGCAAGCAAAAGAUGAAGAUGGAAAUAAAUUGACUGAUGCUGAGAUCAGAAAUGAAGUUGAUACAUUUCUGUUCGAAGGACAUGAUACUACUGCCUCCUCUAUCAGCUGGUUACUUUAUCUGUUGGCCCAGCAUCAGAACUAUCAGCAGAAGGUCCAACAGGAGCUGGACACAAUAUGGAUAUCAAAAUCAACUGAAUAUGUCCAAUGGGAGGAUUUGCCUAAUUUGGAGUAUCUGACCAUGUGCCUGAAAGAAUCUUUGAGGGCAUCAUCAACGGUGCCAAUCAUCCAGAGACUAGUGCCAAGGGAAAUAACCAUUGAUGGCAAAGAUUUCCCACCAAACACUCUCUUCACUAUAGCUAUAAAUAGUGCCCAUCACAAUCCUGAAGUUUGGAAUAAUCCAGAUGAAUAUCUUCCAGAACGCUUCUCCAGGGAGAAUAUUUCCAACAUAGAUAAUUUUUCUUACAUACCAUUUUCUGCAGGUCCAAGGAAUUGUAUUGGGCAGCACUUUGCAUUAAAUGAAGAAAAGGUGAUUUUGUCAAGAAUAUUAAGGAAUUUCACUGUGACAUUGGACCCAAACUUUACUGUAGAGAAGAAGAUUGGCCCUGUGUUGAAGGCAGAGAAUGGCAUUCAUGUGUUUCUCACCAAGCGAAACAUCAGAUAGUUAAACAUCAGAUAGUGAAGAUUUUUUUAUCAUCAGACUGUUACACAAGUACACUACUUUUGAUAUUGAAAGUUUUUGAUAUUGAAAGCUCGGAAAUUUACUCACCAUAUUUUAAUUCACCUGCAGCUAAUUUUGUUAUUUAGUUUUAUUUCAUGUUAAGCAAAUUAACUCUCUUUUAUAUUUUCCCACUGGGGAGGGGUAAAAGGAGGGAAAUAAUAUGGGAUGAAAUUUCCCCCAAAACAGAGUGCAAUUGCAAUUAAUUUGGCAAUUCAGAUUUAUUAAUUUGUUUCAAAUUGACCUAUUCUUCAAGUGCCAAGAAAGAUAACUCGUGCAGAGGUGUGAUAUUUAAAAUCAUCGCCAAUAAUGCUAAAAUUAGAUGAUUGUUAAAGUUUUCACUUACUGUAUAUGAUAAUAAUACAAUUGUUUGUUUUUUGUUUUGUUUUUGUUUUAAAAAUUGUUGUUUUCAAUUUAUAUUUUUAAAACUCCUUGCUCAGAUAAUAUGCAAAUUUGUUGGUAAAAUAAAGGAAACCAACAGUUAUCAAGUUCAUCAAUUUACCGUAAGUAUGUACAUUGUAUGAUGUGUUUUAAUACAUUUUCUUAAUACUCAUCAAGAUAUUGAAAAUUUUACUGUAAACAAAGGCAUUGUAAUUAUUAUACUCAGAGACAUGUUAUUACUAAUUACAGUAUGGUGUAUUACAUCAGAUAUAUAUAUGUAUUUGUUUUUGUAAUAAUAACAAUAAAUUUCUUUCUGUAGAUAACUGAUAAACAUGCCAUUGUAUGUAUCAGUAAACCUACUUGCAGGACAACAGAUUCUGUAUACAUUCCCCCCACCCUUACCCUGGCAGAUUUAUAACUUACUCUGAAUGUAUGUAUUUGCUUACUUAAGUGUUUGUUUUUUUUUUACAUUUAAGGGAAUAUAUUUUAAGAAGGCAAGAGAUUGAUAAUGAUUUUUGUUUGAACUUUUUUUUUAUGACUAAAGAUAAGGGAGAUAAGGGAGAUUUUUCAUGGUAGAAUUCUGAAUGGUAGCUAUCUUCUGUUUUCUUUGUUAAAAGGGGAGAUGCAUGUUUUCUGGUGAAAAUUGUGUCACUAAGGUCAACUUUAAAAUGAAGUUUGUUGUCCUCUCCUGACUCAGGAUGAAAAGAUUGGGUCGGUAGGUAGGUGAGAAAUUUUUCCCUACAAAAUUUUAAUUUCAAAGUUGAAUUUUCUUUUUUUCCAGAAUGCAUAAUGCAGAAGGGGGGGGGGGGGAGGGGGAGGCAAUCAAACAAUUUUUUAAAGAUGGCCUAAGUCAAGUUUUUUCCCUGGUAUACGUGAUAUUUAUUUCAGUUUCUCUGUUGUGUUCAUUAUAAUUUCUGCAAUGUACGGAACCUCUUUAGUGUUGCCUGAGUGUUCUUUGUUAUAUAUUUUAAUGUUUCCUAUAGAUACAUGUAUGUUAUAUUUUUGUUGGUUACUAUUUAAUGCAAUACUCAAGAUAUCAAUCUCUAUAAUUCCGCUUACAGAGAAUUCAAAAAUGUUUUACUCAUGUUUUCUGUAUGUACUGGAAUAUAUUUUCAGAGUGUAGUGAACUGAUUAAUAUAUAGCAGAAUAUUGAAUAAAGAAUUUUGAGAACUUA